UUUUCCCUCCCAAUCCCACCUUUCCGCUAUACCACCACCACCUGCUACCCGCCAUGCCAAUAUGUAGGCGAAAACGUGUCGUCCUCACUGUACCCUCCCAUACCCUCGUCGCGGGCAAGACAAACCUAGCCAAGGAGGUAUUCUAUCUCCACCAGACCGGCGAGGUUUUUGAGACCUACGAGCAGUAUGCUGCCAGAAUGUCAUUUUACAGGCUGAAGCAGUUUCAGUGCGAGGUCACUGGCAAGAGCGGCCUCGACUACUUCCAAGCUGUGGAAAGUGAACAGCAGGAAGCUCGAACAAUGCACUCCAGAUUUCCGGAACCGCUCAAGCCAGCGGUACUCAAGGCCGUACAAUGGCAGGUGGUGGGCCGGUUGGACCACCUCGUAGAAGCCGUCUACGACAGAUUCAAAGACCGUUACUUUGCUGAAGAAAAAGUUUUCGUAGACGUACAAGGCGACAAAUUUUAUGCCAAAGUCGUUCAAGUCUUUCCGCCCAAGUCAGCUAUUGAAGCUCUCAUCGGGCCUGUUGAGAAUCACGCGUCUCCGUCAAACUCGCCCCAGCCAUACCAAGCCUCAGACAAAGGACACCUUGUGCACAAGAUUGGAGGUGAUCUUGCCGUUCCUGCGAAGGAGGCCAUUGCGCGUGACGAUCCCGCCAAAUACUUCUACAAAGUGCAGAUACUAGAAGAGCAGACAGAGAAGAAUCACGAGAAGGGUAGGUCCCUGAAGGAGAAGGCGAAGUGGAGCGGGAGCUUGAUGGACGUCCAAUGCACGGCUCUGAGUCGGGACCGCCUCGCGUUCUCGAAGUCCAUCUUGCGACGUUUUAUCAGGGAUUGUGUCGACCGAGACGCAGCAGUAGCUUCUCCUUGGACUGUGAAGCCUGUCAUUGCAAACCAUUAUGGCGUUGACACGCAAAUGCCCGAAGAGACGCGUAAAGGCGUCGAGAACAUAAAGAAAGGAGAGAUUGACAAGCGGAAGAAGAUAUGGGAAGACAAGGAGGGCCCACCAACGAAGAAGCAGAAGAAGCUUACUGCCGCCCAAGAAGAGCGAGUGAAAGCACUGGCUGUUGCUGCUGAGAAACGGGAGCGUGAGGCUCAAGAAAAAGCGGACAAACAGCAAAAGGUGAAGGAGGAGGCGGAGCGCCUGGCGGCAGAAAAGAAGAAGAAGAAGCCUAUCAGAUACCCUACGGAAGACCUUGACGUUCGGAUUACAGACAAGGAGAAGAAAGCAGGAAUGAAAGUCAAGAGACCGGUUCCUAGCAAGUUGGCCCUGCCCUUUGCUGAGAGCCAAGCCACAUUCGAAUCCUUCCUCAUGACGUGGAAUUUCCUUGUUGUCUACGGACAUCCUCUACAUAUUUCGAACCUUACCAUGGAUGAAUUCGAGCACGCGAUUCGACAUUCUGUCGCGGAGCCGCAAUGUUCUAUUCUGGCUGAGAUCCACUCGACCCUCGUUUACAAUUUGCGGACAGUUCCUUUUAAUCGCCACAGCGCACUCCUUUCGUUGAUGCGCGAAAGAGAUGCACAAUGUCAACAGCAUGGGCACGAAGAGACGGUGUUCAACGUUGCGACCACCACGCUCACUAGCGCUCUAGCAGAAUUUGGCAAUAACUGGGAACGGGUUCCUCUUCGGCAUACCGAGGAAAGGGAUGGGUGGCAAGACGCUCUACUUGGGUGUCUGAAGGACCAUGCUACCGUUGAAAACUUCCCGCGCUUGAGAGAGGUCCUUACCCGCUUCCUUUUCGCUCCGGAUUCUUCAGGAGAGCCAUCAGCGUCCUCCGCAAGUUCCCGGGUGUCGAGUCCUACGGGGCUUUCUCUGACUGUGCCUUCGACGCCAGCGGAACGGUAUCAUACGCUGCCGCCGGCGGACAAGAUUGCCAUCCUCUCCUUCCUGUGCAAUAUCGCUGUGUCUAGCAAAGCCAUCCAUGGCCAUAUGGAACAGUGCGAGGAACAGCUUACGGCGUUGCGAAAGGAGAAAAUCGAAGUUAACCGACAGAAGAAACAAUACCUGGAAGAGAUGAACGCCCUAGCGGGUGAAGCGGAGGUCAAGGAGGAGCCCGUUAGCAAUGGAGUUGACGAGGAUACACAGAUGCCGGACUCAAGUGAUCUUUCUGAUAUCCCUUCGGAUGACGGCUCAGAGUCAGUUUCCGUUGGCAGUCGCCCCAAGAGCUCUUCGAAAACCAAAGACUUGCGCGCCAAAGCCCAUACUCAAGCACACGCUAAACAACGGGAGCUUGCCCGUGCCAAGACAGCUUCUGCCAAACAGGCCCAGGCAGAGCGGCGGAAACUGGAUGAGGAAGUGAACAAGAUCGAGCGUCGAUUGGAGAGCAUCGAGAGGGAAUUCAGGAAGCUUCUGGGAGCUAUACGGGUAAAGCCUCUGGGGAAGGAUCGGUUUCAUAAUCGAAUAUGGUGGUUUGAUGGCAUGGGAGGGGCUUCUCUGUUGGGAAGUGGCGGCGUGGUACAGUAUGGCGCUGGAAGGAUCUUCAUCCAAGGUGCCAGUGAGAUCGACAGGGACUUGCUUCUUCGGAGAGAUGAAGAUGACGUCCCCGCACGCCGGAUGGAGGAAGAGGGCGAAGAGGGCAUGCUCGGUGUCGGAGAGUGGGCGGUUUACACGGAUGUUGAGGAGGUUGAUGAGCUUGUGGCUUGGCUAAACCCCAAAGGUGUUCGAGAGCUGGCACUCAAAAAUGCUAUUAGCAAGUGGUGGAAUCAUAUCGCCCCUGGAAUGCGGAAGAGGACAGCGGAUUUGAAUAUGAGUGCGAAGUUACCCGAGGCCCGACGAAGCUCGCGCACCAAGAGCACUGCAGGACACGACCUGUCUCGGGAACCGUACAUGAUGUGGACCAAUCGGCGAGCAGUCAACCUGACUUGAGGCCAUUUAGGGCUCGAAAAGAUACUAUACUUGUUAUGCCACGCGUAGCUAGACUGCAGAUAGAAUAUUGUACUAUGACGGACGAUUCACGCUGUAAUGCAUCUGAACACCAG